AUGGCCAAAACCAUCCUUGAUAAGCAAGAUUGCGACAGUUCAGGUUCGAUAUCCUCGUUGGAGAGUGACGGGGACAGUUCCUGUUCGAUGUCCUCGAUGGAAAGCGAUAUCGGUCAGCUGCGCGCCUUGCAGAAAAUCGAACAAAUGGCGGCACCGGACUUUCAGAUUAUCGUAACGAAACCCACCCCGGCUGCCACUGCCAGUACGUCGCAAACGCCACGACUCCUGACGCCCAACAGCAGCUUCGUGUACAAACCGGAAAGCCGACGGCACACCGGCCAGAGUAUACCUGGUAGCGAUGGUGACGGCGGCUCCCGACGCCCUUCGAUGUUUAAUGGUUUCCAGCCGCGGCAAUCAUUCAGCAUAUACAGAAAACAAUUUAUGGACUUCCUGCAGCGAAGCGGCAGCCGGCUGUCGGUCAACAAAAAGGAAGACCCGCAAGAUGAAUCGCCAUUUCUUGCUGAAAAACGUAGUCGGAAUCGGGCAGUGGCAGAGGACCACUUCAGUACGGCUAUCUCGGCGCUGUACGCUAAACUGCUGAUAGUCCUGGGAAUCGCUUUCCCAAUCACCGACGUCGUUGCCGAACACACCAUGAAGCAUUACUACGAGGGAUUUUUUCUCUAUCUGUAUUUCACGAGUGCGUUUUUUAUAGGUUUUAUGUGCUUCGUUGUGCUGCGACAUCAAACGCGGCUGAAAACGCUCCUCGAAGGAUUCCACCAACCGGUAACCGACAUCCCCGAUCUGCUGAAGCCCAAGGAGAUCCGGUUCGGGUCGUUCUACCUUCGAGUGGGAGCGAUUGCCUUCGGGAUCGGCAGCAUGGUCUACUCCGGGCUGGAGUUCGGACAGUACUUCGAGCUGAAAGGCGACGAAAGAUGUCAAAAUGUUCUAAUUGCAUUAAUCCCGGCCGCCCGGAUGACACUGUGCCUGCUCCAGAUGCAGUUCAUCUUCUUCAGCAGCGGUCAGUUCCACAUGGAACGGCACAAAUUCGUGUCCCGCUUCGGUCUGAUGCACAUGCUGGCCACAAACCUGUGCGAGUGGCUGUACGUGAUAAUCGAGGAAGCCAAGCACGAGAUCGUCCAUAUAACGCACGGUGGGCCGCACGAUGCCGCAGCAAGGUUGGUCGCCAGAGCAACGGCCCCGCUUCCGCUGAAUGCCACCCAUUACCAUCAGAACGCACCCGAGCUGCCCAGCAGGGGAGACCCCUCGGUGGCGCUGCCCGUUCCCGCCAUCGAAUGCCACCGGACCAACAUAAUGGGGUCAUUGAUUCAGAAUGCGGCUCCCUUUCUGUUUCCGUGCACGAUUGAGUACUCGCUAAUCUGCGCCGUCAUUCUGUUCGAAAUGUGGAAGAAACUGCGCGACAGCGGCCGGGGGGCUAAUGGAUCGCGAAAGGGCUCUCGGAAGAGCCUCACCGGAAAAAGUGCCAAUCUGCUGUCCAUCGACUGUUCGAACGCUCAGCGCGGCAUGUUCGGUGGCAUUCUGGUCAUCGUGCUGACCAUCAUCGUACUGAUUAUGUACUUUGUGCUGCAGAAGGAACGCUUCUACAAACGGGCGGCCACCAUCGAGGUCACAAUCUACGAAAUCGUCAUCUACAGCAUUACGGCCGGGGCCGUCCUUUGGGCCAUGUUUCAAAUGAGGGAUUUAAAGUUUUCCCAAAAGAAGGGCGAUGCCGGAAUUAGCCUGGAUUGCACGCUGCUAGCACUGGCCCAAACCGGCAUCGAAAUCUACUGCAUUUUCAGUAUUAUCGGAACGUUUUUUUCCAUCGGUGUUUCCGAAUAUGCGACGGUUUACUCACUGCUAGCAGAAAUUAUCUGUUUGUUACAAACAGCCCUGCAAACGCUGUUCAUCAUGAACGCGUGGUGGCGUCGCUGCAAGGGCACCAAACAGAACCGCGCCAAACCGGGACGGGAAAUCAUCACGUUUCUGCUGAUUGCCAACAUGUCGAUUUGGUUCAUCAAUACGCUGAUCAAAACGAAUGCCAGCUUCCGGCCGACGCUGAUGAACUUCUACGGAAUCUGGGCUUGGACGAUUAUCACACAUCUCUCGAUGCCGCUGGCAAUCUUCUACCGAUUCCAUUCGACGAUCUGUCUGUUCGAAGUCUGGAAGAAUACCUACAAAGUGCUGAAUGCAGAUGUGGAAAUAUAG